AUGGCAUCAGAUCAGCGAGGGCUGCUGGCUCUGAUGGAAAGCAUGACUGGCGUCGAUGCUUUUGGUGCAGAUUCCUCUCGGGAACCGCAUUCUGUGCCCCAACUUCCUUCAGCAUCUUUCGGCCCUACUUCUAACGGUCCAGAUGCGAAGUUCAAGGAGCUCCUGACACCUAGAACUAGCAGCUCACUGCCAGGAGCCAUGCCUGGCCACGAGCACGAUCAUCAUCCACCUACAGACCAGGCACCCAUAGAUGCGGAUUGGCACGAAGUCGCAGCGGCCCUUCCUGACAGCGAGCCUUACUUGCUAAGCAGAGCCGUCGGUGCAGAGUGGGAGACGGCUCGCACUCCCUCUCAUGCUCUCAAUCCCAUCGAGGCUGGAGAAUUCAGUCCACCCUCUCCAGGCUGGUCCACCAUCGACAAUCAUCGACGAAAAGAGCCUGAAGCGCGAGCUUUUUCUCUACACCCUUCACCGCUACUUCUGCCUGCCGCUCAGACAAGUUCGUCCUUCCCUACACAGCGCUCGGGGACCGAGGCUAGGCCACCGAGUGAGCCAGCUGGUGAUCGUCAAGCGAGUCCACCGCCUUACGCUUCGUCUGAGCUCUUCGCUCAAGAUCAGGCGGCGCCUGGAUCUCAGAAGAUUUCGAUGCAGAACGUCAGCACAAGAGCGCCUGUGGAGCACGCCAUACCAGCCAACGUCAUUUUAAGAAACAGCCCAACAGCUGCUCUUGAUGCACCGCCAGAGGCCGUUUCACACUCCAAUGGUCUGCAAGAAAGACAUGCCCGGGAAGGCAACGACUCCGCGGACGCAUCGAUAAAACAUCUCCCUCACACACAGAUCGAUGCGAAACAAGUCACGCACGCAGCGAACAUGGCAAUGGGAGCCGCCGUCUCGCGCGCUGUCAGUGGAGGCGCAAGCCGUCAAGCGUACGUCGAAGAAGCAGCACCCUCUGACAAGUCUGAGGGUGAAGCACAACAGCGCAUCCGUCCCAGCGGACCUCGCGAACCAGCUCGCGCGGCUCUUGCCACACCGUCCCAGGUUACAGUGCCUACUGGUAAGGUCAUCGACGCCACCGAAGCUUCUGCCUCUGCGCCUUCGCCGCUAGUCCAUGUGCCAAACCCAGCUCCCUUCCCCGCACCCGCACCCGCACCCGGGAAUCUUUCAAAUAUUGUCCCAAUGUCCAGAGUUGGAGAGCCUCUGUCAAUACGCCGCCUAAGUAUGCCCAUUACCGAUCCAAUUGGUACGCCUGCGCCAUCCACGCUACCCGCACGUAUUCCGCCUUCGACAGCCUACCCCUCCUCCUUCGAUGGCUCAUCGAGCCGCUCGGCAGACUUCAAGAAUGUGCCUCGUCCCGAAGGCAUGACUGAGGCGGAAUUUGAGCGAAUCAAGGCUGAUGCUGAGUUGGAAGCAAGACGCGUUCUGGAAGAAUACGUGAGGACUCGCUCAGAUAUUUCAACGACUUUGAGCGAGUUUGAAUCUACCACUGGACCUGAACCUGGCAUUGCACGCCAGCUGCCAGAAUCCAUCCUACCACCUGCGAUGCAGUCAGGCAUUUUUGGCGACGCUGCGGCGGCAGACACGCACUUGCCUGCCAUUGGGCAUGGUCUGCUUCAUGAGCCGGCGGGGCUUCCGAAUUCUGUGCCGCUCCGCGAUGAUGGCGGUCCCGACAUGGGAGGAUGGGACCCAUCCCUUCCGUGGCCAGUCCCUCCGACGCAUCACCCAGAAGCAAUCGCACAUCCCGGUGCGACCGUGCCCGCGCCUUCGUGGGCCAGGAAUGUCACAUCACACGACCUUGUGCCCCUAGCCUACAAGCAUCAGGCACACGCAGCGCCUCCGCACCUUGGGCCCAAUGAGUGGCCCCAAGCAGGAGACAGCGUUCUGCACGGACCUUGGGGCCCGCCAGCAGAAGUAGCUCCCGCCUUGAAUGCUGACCAUCAGCCAUACGAGUCGCACCAGUUGCACCAAUCAGAGACUCAUAGAUCUCCAGCUGUUCAGCCAUCUUCAGCAUUUCCCCCUCGCAUCGAAGACAUCGCGACCGCAGCUUCUUCUCCGCGCGAGCCUCCCCUGGGGGUACGUUUUCCCCCCAGCGAUGCUGGUUUGACGCAAAUGUAUCCUGCGGCGGUGCCGCUCUCGUCUGAGGGUACUUCGCAAGGCAUGCCUGCGCAGUCGAGGUCCGAACCGAGCGUUCAAGAGUCUGUGAAUAGCCUCAGUGCGGCCAGCGUACCGGCUCCAGCGACGGUUCAGCCCCCAGCCCACGUCCUUGUCCCGAGCAGAUCGACUCUUGAGCUCUUUGCUAUGCAAGGCGGCGGGAAUUUACCCUCCGGCUGGAGUGUCGAAUUUGACGCGGUACAUCAAGCAUUCUACUUUGUCAAUCUUUCGACGACACCGCCAACCAGCACAUGGCAUGACCCACGGGAUGGUAGCGCUUGGGCACUGAUGCAAGAGUAUGGUUACAUGCCUUCAGACUCAACUGCCUGGGCCACGCAACCGCCAUCGGGAUGGUCGCAGAUGAAUUGGCGGGAUCACCUCAUUGCAAGCUCCAUGGCGCGUCGAUUUGAGAUGUACGAGCACAGCCAGAGCGGUCGGCGAGGUCACAAAGGGGUCGUGGCCAGCGAGCUGGACCGCGAACACGCAGCUGCUAGGCGCGCACAAGAAAUAUUUAGAGCUGCGAGGCGAGCGCCACUGAAGUUGAUCGAGGCUGCAAAGAGGGAUGAUCCGAUGGCGGUCAUGAGGGCCGAGACUGAGCUGGCGCGAGUAGCGGGGGCUCGAGAUAGGUUGAGGGAAGAUGACGCUAUGCGAGCAGCAGCUGUGCCGAUCGAGGUUGGGACAUUUGGGGACGACCAAGACAAGAUGCGCAACCCUUGGCUAUCGCGCAUCUACGACGCUGAUGCCGAAGCGGGCCUCAACGUGGGCUACAAGCCUCCGCGUACAAAGUCUCCUCGAUCCUUCUCGCUCGACUGGAAGUUUCGCGCCUCGGUCAGACCGAGGGAUAUGAUGAGGAAUUUGCCCUCGAAGGGUUCAAACACGCCUACCCCAUACGGUCUGCCUGAAGCCGUCUUCUCCAUGGAUAUGGCAAUUCGUGCCUCGCACUCGACCGAAGCCUUGGAAGGGGUCUACCUCGGAGACGCCCCUUCGUAUGGGGCACCACCGAUGCCCUUUCCGCUUUCGGCAUCGCAAAUGAGAGCCGUCUCGGCACCUCAACCAUUUGGACCGCCGUACUUCCCUCCAGCGAUGUGA